CCCUUCCAGAGCCCCGUGUUCCUUAGAAACCAGCCGGCGUGUUCCCGGUGUCCGUGCGUUAGAUUCUGGUCGCCGCCCAUCCCAUCUAACCUCUCUCAACGUGGCCUCUGAGAAGGAUCGGGACCCAUGGUCUCCGGUGCGGCACAGGGCGGGCGAUGCCAGCGUGCCAGGAGCCAUGUUUGACCAGAACUGUGGGAAGGGGAGCUGGAUGCUGGAGGCCCUUGUGAAGAGAUGACUUGUUGAGCUGAGGCCGGGAUGAAGAUGCUGCCAGGAGUGGGUGUGUUUGGGACUGGCAGCUCAGCCCGGGUCCUGGUCCCACUCCUGAGGGCAGAGGGCUUCACCGUGGAGGCCCUGUGGGGGAAGACCGAGGAGGAGGCCAAGCAACUGGCUGAGGAGAUGAACAUUACCUUCUAUACCAGCCGGACUGAUGACGUCUUGCUGCAUCAAGACGUGGACCUGGUGUGCAUCAACAUCCCCCCUCCACUCACUCGGCAGAUUUCCGUGAAGGCUCUAGGAAUCGGGAAGAAUGUGGUUUGUGAGAAAGCAGCAACGUCGGUGGAUGCCUUCCGAAUGGUGACAGCAUCUCGCUACUAUCCGCAGCUAAUGAGCCUGGUGGGCAAUGUGCUGCGCUUCUUGCCUGCCUUUGUGCGCAUGAAGCAGCUGAUCGCAGAACACUAUGUGGGUGCGGUGAUGAUCUGCGACGCCCGCAUCUACUCAGGCAGCCUGCUCAGCCCCAGCUAUGGCUGGAUAUGUGAUGAGCUUAUGGGCGGUGGGGGCCUGCACACCAUGGGCACCUAUAUUGUGGACCUGCUGACACACCUUACUGGCCGGAAAGCUGAGAAGGUGCAUGGGCUGCUCAAGACCUUUGUGAGGCAGAAUGCUACCAUCCAUGGCAUCCGCCACGUCACCAGCGAUGACUUCUGUUUCUUUCAGAUGCUCAUGGGCGGGGGUGUAUGCAGCACAGUGACACUCAAUUUCAACAUGCCAGGUGCCUUUGUGCAUGAGGUCAUGGUGGUGGGCUCAGCAGGACGUCUUGUUGCCCGGGGAGCCGACCUGUAUGGGCAGAAGAACUCUGCCACACAAGAGGAGCUGCUAGUGAGAGACUCCCUGGCUGUGGAUGCAGGCCUGCCUGAACAGGGGCCCCAGGACGUCCCACUGCUUUACCUGAAGGGCAUGGUCUAUAUGGUGCAGGCCUUGCGCCAGUCCUUCCAGGGGCAGGGGGACCGCCGUACCUGGGACCGCACCCCUGUCUCCAUGGCUGCCUCGUUUGAGGAUGGGCUGUAUAUGCAGAGUGUGGUGGACGCUAUCAAAAGGUCGAGCCGAUCAGGGGAGUGGGAGACUGUAGAGGUGCUGACAGAGGAGCCGGACGCUAACCAGAACCUGUGUGAGGCGCUCCAGCGGAACAACCUGUGAGCUUAUAUGCAUGGGCUUCCUGCCACAGGGUGGAGUGGACUGGGAGCAGACGGUAGUGUCUUUCGUUGAGUAAGUCAGCUAAGCCUGGAGCUGGGAGGAGACUGAAAGUGGCCCAGGAAAAUGCCUCAUCUCUCCACUCAUUAACUCCUCAGACUUGCAGGGCAGUUUAGGCUCUGCUGCCAUAGCUCAGGCAAGCAUGGUGCAGGGUGGGGCUGCUACCCAGUCUCUUGUGCCUCUACCAGUGAGCAAGGCCAGUGAAAGCUUGUGGGCUGUUCAGCCUCAUUUAUGGUCUGACAGCAUGACAGAACCCAACAAGAAGCCCGAUUGGCUGAGGCCUGAGGAAAGAUGGCAAGAAGCCUUGCUUUGUUGGGCUGGGGUUUCUCAGGAACUGUGAGGGCAACAGGUCAUCCCUCACUCACCUUCCCAUGUGAGUAGACCCUUCCAGAUCCCAGGCUGACCCUUCCUGCAGAGAAGAGAGUAUCAGUUACACAGCUCUUAGAGGCACAUGACCUAGGGAAGAGGGCCUUUUGACUUGGCAGAGAGGAGACGAGGGGAACUGUAGAACAUCAGGUGAGUGUCAGUAAAUAAGUCAGAAAACAUGACAUUAUACUGUGUGGUCGUUUGUUUGGCAGUUGGGUCUCUUCAAUAAUGAAAGGCUUGUUUAUUGCUUUAAAUUGUUUUGUCCUUUCCUUGUGGCUGCAGAGCAUCUCUGAGCCUGUUAUGGAUCUGUCACCAUCUGCUGGGCCAUACAGGUUCUUGUCACUGCUUGUUCUUAUCUCUGGCUUAUCCCAGAUGGCUAAGUCCCAGAAGUUCUCCAAAUAAAAAUGUUUUCUUGGGGCUAGGAAA